AUGCCCCGGAGCUCAGGUACCCUAUGGGCGGACAACGUCAACAAGAGGUUCUACCUCUUUGCCGGCGAGUACUACCAAGAACCGCCCUCGCCGCAGUUCACCCUCUGGUCCUACGACACCAUCUACGACACCUGGCAAUCCUUCGGCUCGCCGCCGGAGGAUGACAUUGCCGCCGUGCCGUACGGUGCCGGCGUCUCCAUGUCCGAGACGGGCGAGGGCUACUACUACGGCGGAUGGAAGUCCCACAACACCGUGCCGGGCUGGUCCGGCCCACCGAGGGCCGUGUCCGGUUUGGUCAAGUACGACAUGGAUGCCAACACUUGGUCCACCGAACCGGGACCGGACUCGAUCGGCAGAGCCGAGGGCGCCAUGGUGUUUAUUCCGAUCGGGGACGGCGGGAUGCUGGUAUACCUGGGAUGGUCUCACCCAGUACGCCAUCCCAGACCCCAUCGCGCCACCAAUACCGCGCCCGCUGAUGGGUUUAGCAACCCGGACCUCCGCGUCCUCAUGACACGCAAGGCCAGCAUCGCAACCCGAACGCCCACUCGCGCCGUCUCCUCAGCAACCGGCGUCCCGGGGGCCAACGACGACCCUCUCUCGGCCGGCGCCAUAGCCGGCAUCGCCGUAGGGGGCGCCGUUGCCCUACUGGCCCUCCUCGCCUCCCUCUUCCUCCUCAUCCGUCGCUGCCGCCGUCACAAAUACGGCACCACCACCACCACCACCACCACCACCCUCCUCCAACCACACUUCUCCCCCGCCGGCCGGCCGAGGGGGGGCGGCGAUGAUGGGCUGCUUGGGGUGGGCCGGGCAUCAUCAUCCCGCCGGGACGCAGCAGCAGCAGCACGGACUGGAGCCGCAACAGCUGAGCGCUGA